CGAUUCACUAACAGUGUCCUAGGGGCACGCUUCAGCGUUGCCCGGACUAUAUAAUGUGCAAGGAUUCUAAAUGAUUUCCUCGCUCUCGAGCUACCUAGUCCCUAGAGCUGCACACCGGUGACCUCUGGAAUCCCUGAGUCAAUCAUGUUCCGCUACUCAGCCCUCUUGUCACUGCUUGUGCUCGCCAUCGGCGCAGUCGCCUCGCCGAUCGCUGUCGACAACACCCCCAAGGUCACCAUCGCUAUCGCGAGCAAGUUCAACUCGACCGGUCCUGUCAACAUCGUUGCGGCCGACCGUGCUCGCAUUGCUCACCUCAAGAACAAGGCAGGUUCGGGAGCUAAGCGGGCCUCGUACUCGUUCGAUAUCACGAACACCGCUGUCACGUAUACCACUGGUGUUGCCAUUGGUAGUCCCGCCACGACCUACACACUCCUCAUUGAUACUGGCAGCUCCAACACUUGGGUCGGAGCUGACAAAAGCUACACCGCGACCAGCACCAGCAAGAGUACGGGCCACCGCGUGUCGGUCACCUACGGUUCUGGGUCAUUCUCCGGCACCGAAUAUACUGACAGGGUCUCCCUGUCUUCCGACCUCACCAUCAACUCCCAGUCCAUUGGCGUAGCUUCCUCCUCUUCCGGGUUCGGGUCGGGAAUUGAUGGCAUCCUUGGUAUCGGUCCCGUGGCUCUCACGGAAGGCACUGUCUCCGGUGUCUCCAGCGUUCCCACCGUCACCGACAACCUGUAUUCGCAGGGCACCAUCUCGACCGAGGCCAUCGGUGUCUACUUUGCGCCCACUACUUCCCGCUCGACCACCAACGGCGAGUUGACAUUCGGCGGUGCUGACUCCAGCAAGUAUACCGGCAGCCUUAAGUACACCUCCCUGACCAGCACGUCUCCCGCGAGCGAGUACUGGGGUAUCGACCAGUCCAUCACCUACAACGGCCAGACCAUCCUCUCUUCCACUGCUGGUAUCGUCGACACUGGCACUACCCUCGUCUACAUUGCCUCUGAUGCGUACAACAAGUACGUCAAGGCCACCGGCGCUUCACUGGACUCGUCCACCGGCCUCCUCAAGAUCAGCUCGUCUCAGUACAACAACCUCAAGACCCUGAACUUCAACAUCGGCGGCACCGCGUACGGCCUGACCGCCAACGCGCAGAUUUGGCCCCGCUCCCUGAACACCUACAUUGGCGGCUCAAGCAACAGCAUCUACCUGAUCGUCAAUGACAUCGGCACGAACAGCGGCGAGGGCCUCGACUUCAUCGACGGGUACACCUUCCUCGAGAGGUUCUACACCGUCUACGACACCACCAACAGCCGCUUCGGUAUUGCUACCACCCAGUACACGUCUGCAACCUCCAACUAGAUGGAUGCCUCACGUUGCUGGAGAGGAGUCGGUCAAGGGCAGGAGUCACGGGAACUUGCAAAUCAUCUAUUCAGGGAAUUUAUAGAACAUGUAGUACCAGAAUGACCGGAAUGUCAUUUGAUGUUCGCUAGA